CUCUCUCUCUCUCUCUCUCUUCCUCCCCCACCAUUGUUGCUUCUCUGCAAACACCAAAACCCACAAUCAAGUUCCAAUUUUUUGUUUCUGAGUAUCAUUCACUCUCUUCGAAUGUUACGCUUAGAAUAUCACUAUCACCAUUUCUCUCCCUUAAUCCACACCAAAUGCAAAGCCUACCAACCCUUUUCCCGCGCAAAUUCUAGGGUUUCCCUUUUUUACCUCGAGCAAAACCCUCGUCGUUUUGCCCACACUUCCUGUCGUUCUCGAUGCCCAAUUUCGUCCAACGAUGCUCUUAGGUUUGGGUUGUGGGGUGGCCACGGACCCGAAACAUGGAUUUGCCGUUCCACCGGAGAAACCGAUUCCGCGGCGGAUUCCGGAGAGAAGGAAACCGGCGACGACGAUGCCGGUUCGACGAGCUCCGGUUCGGACCGGAGAAAGGAGAAACAAGGGAAGGGUGGGUGGUGGUGGCGGUGGCGACGGUGGCGGUGGCAACCGCUAAUUCAGGCGCAGGAAAUUGGGGUUUUGCUUCUGCAAUUAGGGAUUGUGGUCUUCGUUAUGCGGUUGCUUCGACCAGGAAUUCCCUUACCCGGGUCGGAUCCUAGGGCUCCCACAAUGUUUGUGAGUGUGCCUUACAGUGAGUUUUUGAGUAGGAUCAACAGCAAUCAGGUGCAGAAGGUGGAGGUUGAUGGGGUCCACAUAAUGUUCAAGUUGAAGGGUGGUGUUGGAACAAGCCAUGAUGGUGAGAUUGUUUCAGGGAGCAGUAAUACUAAUAGGUUACCGGAAUCGGAGUCAUUGGUGAAGAGUGUUGCACCAACCAAGAGGAUAGUUUACACUACCACAAGGCCAAGUGAUAUCAGAACUCCUUAUGAAAAGAUGCUGGACAACGCGGUGGAGUUUGGAUCGCCUGAUAAGCGUUCUGGUGGAUUCUUUAACUCUGCAUUGAUAGCACUGUUUUAUGCUGCUGUGCUUGCAGGGCUUCUCCAUCGAUUCCCUGUAAGCUUUUCUCAGCAUGCAGCUGGUCAGAUUCGAAACCGCAAAUCAGGCACUUCUGCUGGUACGAAGUCAUCUGAACAAGGUGAAACCGUCACUUUUGCUGAUAUUGCGGGUGUUGAUGAGGCUAAAGAGGAGUUGGAAGAGAUUGUGGAAUUUCUUCGUAAUCCAGAUAGAUACAUAAGGCUUGGUGCACGCCCUCCACGUGGUGUUCUCUUGGUGGGUCUUCCUGGGACAGGUAAGACUCUACUAGCAAAGGCUGUGGCUGGGGAAGCUGAUGUGCCAUUUAUAAGUUGUUCUGCUAGUGAGUUUGUAGAAUUGUAUGUUGGCAUGGGUGCCUCCCGUGUUAGAGAUCUGUUUGCUAGGGCAAAAAGGGAAGCUCCAUCCAUAAUAUUUAUUGAUGAGAUAGAUGCUGUGGCUAAAAGUCGUGAUGGUAAAUUUCGCAUUGUGAGCAAUGAUGAACGAGAGCAAACCUUGAACCAGUUGCUCACUGAGAUGGAUGGGUUUGACAGCAAUGCUGCAGUGAUUGUUCUUGGAGCUACUAAUAGGUCAGAUGUUUUGGACCCUGCACUUCGCCGGCCAGGAAGAUUUGAUCGUGUAGUUAUGGUAGAAACACCUGAUAGGAUUGGAAGAGAAGCCAUCCUAAAAGUUCAUGUUUCCAAGAAAGAACUUCCUUUAGCCAAGGAUGUUGACCUUAGUGACAUUGCUUGUAUGACCACUGGUUUCACAGGGGCAGAUCUUGCAAACCUUGUAAAUGAGGCUGCUUUGCUGGCUGGUAGGCAAAAUAAAGUUGUGGUGGAGAAAAUUGAUUUCAUCCAAGCUGUAGAAAGAUCUAUAGCUAUGGCAUUGGUGCAUGCAAAUGUGACAUCAGUUGUUUGCAAGAAUGGCAACCAUGCUUCUCAAUCAAAAUUCCCUAGUACUACGUUCUUGCCUGGGUUUGAUGUUGUUGGGCGUGUUUCGAGUACUUGGAAGAAGGAGCUUUUCCCAUCUUCCAUGGCUUUGGUACCUAAAGCCACAUUGACAUUUGAUCCUCCAACUACUAAUUCGGAGCAAUCCAAACAAAAGAAGCACACUGUUGACCCUGCUUCUCCUGAUUUUCUUCCUCUUCCUUCCUUUGAACAAUGCUUUCCAAAGAGCACAAAAGAAUACAGGGAAGUCAUUCAUGAUGAAACUGGUCAUGUGCUCAAAGUUCCCUUUCGUCGAGUUCACCUGUCUGGGGAUGAAGAACAAUUUGAUACCUAUGACACUAGUGGUCCUCAAAAUAUAAGCCCAAGAACAGGAAUUCCAAAAUUGCGCAAAGAGUGGGUUGAUAGGAGGCAGAAAAUGGGUGCACCAAGAUUCACUCAGAUGUACUAUGCUAAGCAAGGAAUCAUUACUGAGGAGAUGCUUUUUUGUGCCACCCGUGAGAAGCUUGACCCAGAGUUCGUGAGGUCAGAAGUUGCUCGUGGACGUGCUAUCAUCCCUUCCAACAAGAAUCACUUGGAGUUAGAGCCCAUGAUAGUUGGAAGAAACUUCUUAGUGAAAGUGAAUGCCAACAUUGGAAAUUCUGCAGUUGCAAGCUCUAUAGAAGAGGAAGUUUACAAGGUUCAGUGGGCAACUAUGUGGGGAGCUGAUACAGUCAUGGAUCUCUCAACUGGUCGCCACAUCCAUGAAACUCGAGAGUGGAUCUUACGCAACUCGGCUGUACCAGUUGGGACUGUACCUAUUUAUCAAGCACUUGAAAAGGUUAAUGGAAUUGCUGAAAAUCUUAGCUGGGAGGUUUUCAGAGAUACCUUGAUUGAACAAGCUGAACAGGGUGUAGAUUACUUCACCAUCCAUGCAGGAGUUCUUCUUAGAUAUAUUCCUUUAACGGCAAAGCGCAUGACUGGAAUAGUAUCCAGAGGAGGAUCCAUUCAUGCAAAGUGGUGCUUAGCUUAUCACAAAGAGAAUUUUGCUUAUGAGCAUUGGGAUGACAUACUUGACAUCUGCAAUCAGUAUGAUGUGGCUCUAUCCAUCGGUGAUGGUCUAAGACCUGGAUCCAUCUACGAUGCAAAUGACACUGCUCAAUUUGCUGAGCUCUUGACACAAGGAGAACUGACCCGUAGAGCAUGGGAAAAGGAUGUUCAGGUGAUGAAUGAAGGACCUGGACAUAUUCCAAUGCAUAAGAUACCUGAAAACAUGCAGAAACAGUUAGAAUGGUGUAAUGAAGCGCCAUUUUACACUCUUGGUCCUUUAACAACUGAUAUUGCCCCUGGUUAUGAUCACAUCACCUCUGCAAUUGGUGCUGCAAAUAUUGGGGCACUUGGAACAGCUCUUCUCUGUUAUGUGACUCCAAAAGAACAUCUUGGGUUGCCAAACCGGGAUGAUGUGAAGGCUGGAGUUAUAGCUUACAAGAUAGCUGCGCAUGCUGCAGAUUUAGCUAAAGGUCAUCCACAUGCACAAGCCUGGGAUGAUGCAUUAAGCAAGGCAAGAUUUGAAUUUCGAUGGAUGGACCAGUUUGCUUUAUCACUGGAUCCGAUGACAGCCAUGUCCUUCCAUGAUGAAACCUUGCCAUCAGAAGGUGCAAAAGUGGCUCAUUUCUGCUCAAUGUGUGGCCCUAAAUUCUGCUCUAUGAAGAUAACAGAGGAUGUGAGAAAGUAUGCUGAGAAACAUGGCUAUGGAACUGCUGAGGAAGCUUUGCUGCGUGGAAUGGAUGCUAUGAGUGCUGAAUUUCUCGCUGCCAAGAAAACUGUCAGUGGAGAACAACAUGGUGAAGCUGGUGGAGAGAUCUACUUGCCAGAAACUUACAUAAGUUCCAAGGAGAGGUGA